AUGCCGCGCGUGUCUGUUAGAGAGAGCGCUGAUAUUUUGGCUAGUAUGAAAGCACAAUAUCCGGGAAGCUUCGACAAGGUUCGGACCGUCUAUAGUGACUCAGGUGAACCAAUGUUUGUGCUCAUGAAUGGUGACGGUGAGCAGGAAGAAUUGGAUAAGGAAGGACUAAAACUAAUUACGGAGAAUGCUGCUUCGGCUUCACAGACCAAAGAUACUGAGCAGAUACGAGGAAAAACGAACAAUGAUGGUGAGAUCUCAGCAAGCGAUCUGAAACACGGAAAAGAGGUGGUGUUCGAGCUAAGCUAUGACUAUAACAACUUGGAUGCCGAUGGGAAGCCGCAGAAACAUUUGGUUCGUGUGACUCCGAGUAACGAUCAGCUGCCAGGCCCCAAAUUACAGCAGCCAAAUGCCGACAAACAGCGCGAUUACUUCGUGGAAACGGAAGUUGAGGGAGAGGUGCCGAUCGACCAUGGCGAAGCGAGCGAAGUGUACUUCGCUAAUUCGGAUCGUGCAGAUGCUGGUUCAGCAGAUGAAUCAACGGUCAUACUGGGCGAUAUUUUCUUUAUCGAUUCAGAUGGAAACGAGAUUAUUCAACGCAAUACUGCACUUCCAGAUGGCAGCAUUGAAACACAGUACUUAGGACAGGCAGAAGAUGGCUCUCUAUUCGUACUGAAUGACAUUGUCUCAGCUGGUCUGCACCCUUCUGCAGGCAGUGUGGAAGAAGUGUAUGACGAUGACGAGAUAAUGGGUGAUGCUGCGGCGCAUGAAUUGGUGCUACAAGAGGAAUAUGAAAAUCAAAGAAACGUUUCUGAUCAUCAAUAUCAAGGCGUUGCUCAAGACGGCGUACCAAGGAGGACAUGGAGAGUUGGUUGA